AUGGGUUCCUUCUUGAUGGCAGCUUUGCCCUCCACCCUCCUCUCUCUGCUCCUCCUCUCGGGGUCUUCACUCGUCAGUGCGACGGUGGGCCGGUCCGCCUGUCUCCGCCGAGAUGCCAACGAGCUCGCCGAAGCCGUGGCCUGCGGGGACAAGGGUUCUCUGCGGUAUUGCUUCACCAAUGUACCGGCGUAUCUAGAGCAGAGCGACGUCGAGCAAUGUUUUCAGAAUGCCGGAUGCGGACCGGACGAGGCGCGUAUCGAAACCCAGUACGUCGUCAAGGUGUGCGACGAGGGCCAAUCGGUAGCCGAGAUUCGCCGUCGCGGACCGGACCCGACCCCAGCACCAAUCCCCAUGCCGGCUCCCCAAAGUGGCGCCGCGAUAACCACCACCGUCAAAGGCGGCGCCCUCACCACGGUGCAAUGCAGUACCUCCACUACCCUCCAUACCUCGAUGUGCCCAAUCGCCCAUUCGGGCCCAUCGUCCGGCCAGGAGCUACCCUGCUACCCGACCGACAUUUCGUACCUGAAGUGCGCCCACACGAACCACUGCAGCGUCAACGACUUUGGCGUCAACAUCUGCAAGCUCAAAAACGACGAACUGAACGCGGGCCAGCUGGUCGUCACCAUCAUCCUGGCGGCCGUCGCCGCCCUGGGCGUCCUCGUUUUCAUGAUCUUCUGCAUACGCGACAAGCGCGCCCAGAAGGCUCUCCGCGUCCGCAAGGAGGCCGAUGAGAUCGCGAAGACACAGGCUGCUAUGGGGGCGAGACCUAAUUUCGAUAUGGGCUUUGACGCCCCGAGCCAUAGUAUUUCGGCUGGGGACCCGUUUUCUGAUGCCCCUCGGCACUAG